GUUGUCUGUUGAUACUUGGACAUAAUCAAGCCAAGAGAAAUCAGCUGAAAGAACUGAAGUUUCUGCUCAUUUUGCACUUACACAACUGUUUUUCAACACAAUGGAGAUGAUGCAGGAGAUAAUUCCAUUUGCAAGGGAAAUGCUAAGUGUUCGGCCAACAAAGGGUACCAUGAAGGUAUAUCUGGUGGGAGGGACCUUUGCAGUCCUGGGCAUCAUAAGCGGCUUGGUGGAGGCUGUGUGUUCACUCUUCCCCGAGCAGGAAGAAGGCCCUCUAUAUGAACUGAUCGAGGAGACCGUAACAUUGAUGGUUCAGGCUCAAGAGCCACAAACAAUGAUCCUAGAAGAUGAUGAACUGGACGCUGAGAUGGAAGCCAAGGCUAAGGAACUGCCCAUGCUCAGGCAGCGGCGCAUGAGUUUCAGAGCCCAUGCCUCUUAAAAAUACACACUCAUUAAAACACUGUGUGUGCUGCCUUUGCACUGAGGGUUGUAUAUGUCUGACAGAAGGGAAAUGCAAAGUGCCUGUUGGAAUGGAAUGCUGUAGAACAGCUAAUGCUGGUAAUUAUAGGGGGGCCCUGAUGUUAAAUGUUACUUGUAAGUUUGUUAAGAUGAUGUAAUGAUUUUAUACUGGGUGAACAUUAUUUAUAAAGGAUGUAACAAGUCUUUACUGAGUGAGAUUUCUCUUAUUGAAGAUGAAUAAAGUCUAGUUUGUGCAAAA